AUGCCCUACAUCAAGGCACAUUACCAUCCAAUCCUUUUCGCUCUCAUUACAGUUUGUGCUAUGGCUGAGCUGGGCCUCGCAGCAUUCCUCAUCAGCGCCGGGAACGAGAACAAUAACUGGCCGAGUGAUCGUUACCACUCAGUCUUGAUUCUUUUCGAGUUCAAUGCCGUCUGGACGACCUUGUUUGGAAUAGCAUAUCUUUUGUGGAUAAUUGACGGUGCUAUACAUUUCCUGGCAAGCAUAGCGAGCUCCAUCAUCUGGCUUCUUGUUACCACGAUUCUAUGGGGAGCUGCCGCUGGCGUGAUGCACGGAGCAAGAUCGGGAGGCAACUGUAAUUGGAUAUCCGCUGUCUCUGGGUUCGUGGAGGGAAACUCGCCAUGUUAUCUACCGCAGGACCUGAGCAGCGUCUCCAGGUGCAGGGAAACUCUGAGCGUGGAGGCCAUAGGGUGGAUCGAGUUUGCGCUGUGCGUCCUCACCCUCCUGGCAACGUGCAUGUGGGUGAGAACAAGUAAGCGGAGCUAUGUGAGUGAAUAUAGCAAGUUGGCAUGA